ACAAGAGAGGGAAAGGAAGGGGAGACGCAAAGGCGGGAACCCCGAGCUGCUCCACCGCCUUCGUCAGGCUUCUUGGAAGCUCGACCGAUGGCUUCAUGCUGAGUUGCGCCGCUCAUCACUCAUCUUCCCGUCAACUCCGUGCUGCUCACUCUUGCUUACUUGGCCCUCUAGCUCUCAACACCGAUCAUUCAUAUCUUGUGAUAUAUCCGCAUCUCUCUGCAGUCUCAAUUUUCUUCAAUCCAUCCGACUCUUUCCUAUUGGAGCUUCCGCCCAGGAAGUCAUCCGCUGUUGCUUUUCCAUCUAACUUCCCUUACUUCACAUCGCCUCAUCAAUCAUGGAUCGUCUCAAUAGAAUGCUCCAGGCGGCCCAGGGCAUGGGCAUGGGCGGAGGAGCUCCCGGUGGUGAUACCCCCAACCUGAUUGAUAACUCCGAAACCGUUCACAUCUCGUCGCUCGCCCUCUUGAAGAUGUUAAGGCAUGGUCGGGCAGGUGUUCCUAUGGAAGUCAUGGGCCUCAUGCUUGGUGAAUUCGUUGAUGAAUACACGGUUCGGGUGGUAGAUGUCUUUGCUAUGCCUCAGAGCGGUACGGGUGUCAGUGUCGAAGCUGUGGACCCUGUCUUCCAGACUAAGAUGAUGGACAUGCUGCGGCAAACCGGACGGCCCGAAACCGUCGUUGGCUGGUACCACUCCCACCCUGGUUUCGGAUGCUGGCUUUCGUCCGUCGAUAUCAACACGCAACAAUCAUUCGAGCAGCUUACCCCCCGUGCCGUGGCCGUUGUCGUUGACCCGAUCCAGUCCGUCAAGGGCAAGGUCGUUAUCGAUGCGUUCCGUCUCAUUCAACCGCAGACUGUCGUCAUGGGCCAGGAGCCCCGUCAGACCACAUCCAACCUCGGUCAUUUGAAUAAGCCUUCCAUCCAGGCUCUGAUCCACGGCCUAAACAGACACUACUACAGCAUUGCGAUCAACUACCGCAAGACGGGUCUGGAGGAGAACAUGCUCAUGAAUCUGCACAAGCACGUUUGGACGGAAGCACUGCAGAUGAAGGACUUCCAUGACGAGGGUGAACAUAAUGUCGAGCGCAUGAAGCAGCUCGUAAGUCUGGCUGAAGGCUAUGAGAAGCGGGUUAAGGAAGAGACGGAGUUGAGCAAAGACCAACUGAAGACGAGAUAUGUCGGAAAGGUCGACCCCAAGAAGCACAUUGAGGACGUCAGUCAGCAGCUGAUCGAGGACAAUAUUGUCGCUGUCUCCCGGCAGAUGAUCGACAAGGAGGCAUCUGUGGCUCGGCAAUCCAACGGAAACGAGUCUCAGAGUGGCGCUGGCAUGGACGUGGACGAGGAGCUCUGAACAUGUAUCGAGUUUUGAUCGACGUAUAACACCUGUCUCCUAAUGCAUACCAGAGGUGAAAGCACUUUUUUUUUCUUCUUCCUAGGCAGGCUUCAUGGGCGGAGAAGGGUUAUCUAGUCCUUAGACUUGGCAGUACCUAGCAAC